CUGCUUUCUCGCAUCCGAUCCCUACGCACGCGAUUAUUUUUCACGUCUAGAGGGAGACAGAGAGCGUGGGAAUUAGGGUUUAGGGUUAGACAGGGAAGAGUGAAAGUGUGCCAAGUGCAAACGACAGAGAUAACCUAGAGAGAAAGAAGAGACACGCAGCCUCAUUGCUUCCAGCCAUGGCUGAAGAUGGGCCUCCAACUCGAGAGCUGGAGGCCAUGAGCCUGGAAAGUAAGGUCAAGUGGUCGAAAUACUCGAAGCGGGUGCUCAUCAAAAGCAUACUAGGUCGCGGAGAUGGUGGCGUGGCCUUGGCUGGUGAGAAGGUUAUAGUGGGUGGUUGGGUGAAGACGGGAAGAGAGCAGGGCAAAGGCCAGUUCGCCUUCCUCGAGCUCAAUGAUGGCUCCUGCCCCGCUAACUUGCAGGUUAUAGUGGACUCUUCUGUAAGAGCUCUUGGUGAUCUUGUACCUACUGGAACAUGUGUGGUUGUUCAAGGGGAGCUCAAGAAGCCACCUGAAGGAACCAAGCAAAAUGUGGAGCUUAAAGUCACUGAUGUUUUGGAAGUUGGUUCUGUUGAUCCAAUCAAAUACCCAAUUCCGAAAACCAAGCUCAGAUUGGAUUUCCUUCGAGACUUUGUGCACUUGCGUCCUAGAACCAAUACGAUAUCUGCAAUCGCUCGAAUCCGCAACGCACUUGCAUUUGCUACACAUACAUUCUUCCAGAAGCAUGGAUUUCUUUACGUUCAGACUCCGAUCAUCACGACUAGUGAUUGUGAGGGUGCUGGUGAAAUGUUUCAAGUAACAACUUUGUUCAGUGAGGCUGAAAAGGUCGAGAAGGAGUUGAAAGAAAAUCCUUUACCAUCAGAUGCUGACAUAGAAGCUGCUAAGCUCCUCGUCAAGGAGAAAGGAGAGUUGAUUUCACAUUUGAAGUCAUUGAAAGCUAGUAAGGAGGAGAUUAGUGCAUCUGUUGUUGAACUUACAAAGGCGAAGGAAAAUCUCGCAAAGAUGGAAGAGAGAUCUAAACUUACAGCUGGUAUUCCAAGAAAGGAUGGGAAGGUUGAUUAUUCCCAUGACUUUUUUGCUCGUCAAGCGUUUCUAACUGUAUCUGGCCAGUUGCAAGUUGAGACCUUUGCUUGUGCCCUUAGUAGUGUUUAUACAUUUGGGCCAACUUUUCGAGCAGAAAACUCUCAUACAUCAAGGCAUUUAGCUGAGUUCUGGAUGGUGGAGCCUGAAAUCGCCUUUGCAAACUUGGUGGAUGAUAUGAACUGUGCAGAAGAUUAUGUAAGAUUCCUGUGUCAAUGGUUGCUUGAUAACUGUCUUGACGACAUGGAAUUCAUGGUUAAAAAUUUUGACAAGACGGCCAUAGAUCGUCUGAAGAUGGUAUCAUCAACUCCUUUUAAGCGCAUUACAUACACAGAAGCGAUAGAGCUGCUGAAAGAUGUGAAAGACAAGGCUUUUGAGAACAAGGUGGAGUGGGGUAUUGAUUUAGCAUCAGAGCAUGAGAGGUACUUGACUGAAGUGCACUUCAAGAAACCAGUUAUCGUGUACAACUACCCAAAAAAAAUUAAAGCAUUUUAUAUGCGUGUCAAUGAGGACAAUCAAACAGUGGCUGCAAUGGAUGUCCUCGUACCUAAGGUUGGAGAAUUGAUUGGUGGAAGUCAAAGGGAGGAACGGUAUGACAAUAUUGUGGAAAGGAUCAACGAGAUGGGGCUGCCUAUAGAGCCUUACGAAUGGUAUCUUGAUCUGAGGCGUUACGGCACUGUAACUCACAGUGGAUUUGGUUUGGGUUUCGAGCGCAUGAUCCUGUUUGCUACAGGCCUGGACAACAUCAGAGAUGUUAUUCCCUUUCCAAGAUACCCUGGCAAGGCUGAUCUUUAGAUUUUAUGCCUUCUCCACAAUUAGUACAAUUCCUAGGUUUAUUUAUUGUGUAUUGGGUUUUAAUUUUAGUUUCGUUGGAUAUUUCGAGGGAAAUUAAUAUUAUAGGCAAUUUUUUAGUGAUCU